UCUACGUCGUAAUAUUGGUAGAUUACAGUAUGCGGAUACGAUAAAUUAUUUCAGUGCAUUAUAGUAAUAUAAUAGGAAUAAUAUAGCCAUGGCAGUAAGUCGGGAAGGAAUAUUGUCUUAUUGCGCGGCCGCUGUGGGCUUCCGAUUAAUCAGCUCAGCUUUUAACUUUUAUUACGUCAAAGUGUUUCUCAAUAUAUAUCAUAUCAAAGAAUAUUGGUUUCAGGUCGCUCAAGUGUCAUAUCUAAUUUGGAAUGCAAUAAACGACCCAUUGUUUGCCUAUAUCCAAGACAGUACAAAUUGGAAAUUUACCAAAACCAGACGAGAAAGCAUUCUUUAUUGUGGACCAUUAUUUGCGCUUUCUUUUCUGGUACCAUGGAUCCCAUGGGGAGACAGCAAUACGAUUGUUGGCCUGCAUUUAAUUGCCUCCCUCUUUCUUUGGGAUACUAUGUUUACCUUCAUGGGUCUUGCUAUGUGUUCACUAUUUACCGAAUUAUCACAGGAACCGGAGGAUAGAAUAGCUCUCACUCGUUAUGCACAAAUCGCAAGCAUCAUUGGGAGUCCUAGCAUUAUGUUGCUAGAAUUCACAUCAGAUAAUUUACAAUAUUUCCGAGCUUUUCAAAUGACAACUGUUCUCAUUGCUGUUUGCUCUUGGUUGCUUUUUUUGUAUUCCGGACUUCAUGCUCAUACAAAGUAUGAUUUGAAGAAAAUGAAAAACGAAGAUGCAGACAUCUCUCAUGAGAAAAAUAUGAAUGAAUCUUUUUGGAAACAGUCUUGUCAGAUUUUAUCAGACAGGAACUUUAUAGCGUUUGUAAUUACUAACUUUUUUCAUGGAUUGCAUAAGGCAUUUCUCUCAGGCUUUAUGGUUAUAGUAUGUGACCAACUUAUAUCUGAUGAAGUCAUUUCUGCAAGCAUUCGAAAGACCUUCUACGGUGCAAUAGGAAUAAUUUCUACAGUAAUUGUGAUUAUUGGAGCACCAUUACUUCGGAAAUAUUCCUACUUCAAGGUGAUAAGAUGUAGUUAUGUUUAUACUGUGUUGGCAGGGUUGGUUAUGUUUUGCAUUGGCCAAAAUCAUCCAUGGUGUUUGAUGCUGUUCCUUCUAAUGGAUAGUUGUGCAUCAGGUGCUACUUUUGGUCUUUUUAAUAUGCCACUAGCAGACAUAGCUGAUGAAAACAAAAGAAAGUAUAUGAGAAAGCAUCCUAUAUCAUCAAUGGUUUUCGGAACAAAUGCAUUGAUAACUAAGCCCGCCUUUUCAUUGUCACCAAUGUUUGCUGUUGCAAUAUUAAAUUCAUAUGGAUAUAACGAACUAAAAGAUAAGACAACCGUAGCUACAGCAGAACUAAAACAGGUUAUGUUUACACUAAUUUGUUGGUAUCCAAUUAUUGUUGGAAUUAUCCAGUUUACUUCAUGGUCAUUUUACCGUGUUAGGUCAAACAAAGACGAAAUCAGUCUGUAAAGUUGUGUAUAUUAUCUGAACUUAUUCUUGUAUUCAGAGAUACUCUUUAUUGGUUCAAAUACGAAGAGUGUGCACAUAGACAAUAAAUACAAUAAUGCUAUUAAAACAGACUUGUUGUUUUAAAAGUUUUGUAGAUACUUUAUUUUUCUCUAUAAUAUAGAUUUUCUUUGUAUAAAUAAACUGAUAAAUCAUGA